AUCCCCGGAGGGGAAAGCGGGCUAUUUGCCAGUAGUAAGAAUGGCGGAGCUAGCGAUGUUGGACGAGGUGGAAUGAAGGGUUGCUUCGGGGCUUCUUGAAAGAGUUAGUGGGAAGAAGGUUCCCCAGGAUAUGCCCGCCACUCUAUGAACAGAAAAAACACCGCAGAUUAAGCUGACGGUGUCACGAGCAUCCAUUAGCCCACCACAUACUUUAUUUGGAAGAGGACCUCUCUUAGAGUGGUUGCUGUGGUUUUCGGGGUAUGUACAGUGCCUCGAGUAACCAUGGACUCCAAGGAGAAGCAUCAGGUGAGAGGUCACACCUGCAUGGCCUGAGUGAGCGAAGGUGGUGGAAUUCUCCUGUCUCACUGGAGUUUCAGGAUGAAAUGACUACAAAUUUGGGUCUGACCACAACAAAAGCCCUAACUAUUCUGAGAGACCAACUAUCAACACUGCUGGAGGGACAUCAGAAGGAAAGGAAGAAGGUGAUUUCAUGGAAGGAAGUAUGGAAGGCCAGUUUUCUAUAUCAUGGCAACCGUUGUUCCUGUUUUCACUGGCCAGGGGCAUCUCUGAUGCUUCUAACUAUGCUGUUACUAUUCUGCUGCUAUGGGAGCCAACCCCAAGGAAGUGAAGGUUCAGAAAUUGUAAAUGCCUUGGCACUGUUCUUCCUGGUGCUACUUGACCUCUUUGUGAUUGGACGGCAAGAGAGGAUGAAACGCCGAGAAAUUGAGAGGAGACUUCGGAAAAUCAUCAGCAGAAUAGAUGAUGCUUUAAAAGAUAGCAAAGAACUCAUCUGGACAAAAACUAUGUACCCUGACCUUCAUAUGCCCUUUGCGCCAUCCUGGUCGCUCCAUUGGGUCUAUAGGGAUGGUCACCUUGUCAACCUCCCAGUAAGCCUGUUGGUAGAAGGUGAUAUUGUUGCUCUGAGGCCGGGCCAGGAAUCCUUCACCUCUCUUAGAGGGAUUAAGGAUGAUGAACACAUUGUCUUAGAACCAGGGGAUCUGUUUCCUCCUUUUUCUCCCCCACCCUCCCCCAAUGGGGAAGUAAAGAAAGGACCCCAGAAUCCCCAAAUGUUUCGACUCUUUCGGGUCACAAAAACCCCAGUGAUUGACAAUGUUCGGUUAUGUCUAGACAUGGGCUUAUCACGGCGUGUGACUGCUCUAGAUAAUGAGAGAUUCACAGUACAGUCAGUGAUGCUGAAGUUUGCUGUUCCUGUGGUGCUGCUUGGCUUCCUGAUUACCAAUGCCAUGCGUUUUUUUUUCAUGGUUGGUGGAACAGUCCCUUGGCAGUACAUGUUUCUUCAGCUUCAGGUUAAUGGAGUCUUGCCUAUCCUCCCACUCCUGUUUCCAGUCCUGUGGAUUCUGGCCACAGCUUUUGGUGAAGCCAGGGUUCUAGCCCAGAUGAGUAAAGCUUCCCCUACAUCGUUGCUGGCUAAGUUCUCAGAAGACACACUCAGUAGCUACACAGAGGUGGUAUCUUCCCAGGAAAUGUUACGGUGUAUCUGGAGCCACUUCCUGCAAGUUCUGAAGGGCAAAUCACCCACUCUCACCUUCACCUCUAGUCUGCUUCACAGUCUGGGAUCUGUCACAGUGCUCUGCUGUGUGGAUAAGCAAGGAAUUCUGUCCUGGCCUAACCCCAGUCCAGAGACGGUUUUGUUCUUUAGUGGCAAGGUGGAACCUCCUCACAGCAGCCAUGAAGAUCUGACGGACGAACUCUCCACAUGCUCCUUCUGCCACCCAGAGAUGGAUGAAGAGCCUCAUGAAAGGGAUGCUUUGCUCUCAGGGCCCUUGUCGGAUGUGAUUCGCAUCAGCAAUGAGCAAGACAGGGCUGAGUGGUCCACCAGCAAUACUCUUAAGUCUUCUGAUACUCAGAUUCACAAGAAACCAGCAUGCCGCAGCAAGCACCCUUCGGGAUCUAAUGUGAGCUUCAGCAAAGACAUCGAAGGAGGAGAGGAGGAGACAAUUCAGGUGGAAAGUGACAUUGACGGACUAGCCUGCGAGGCUGAAGACUUUGUCUGCGAUUACCAUUUGGAAAUGCUUAGCCUGUCUCAAGACCAGCAGAAUCCUUCCUGCAUCCAGUUUGAUGAUUCCAACUGGCAAAUGCACUUAACCUCUCUGAAGCCCCUGGGCCUGAACGUGCUGCUCAACCUGUGCAACGCAAGUGUGACGGAACCCCUCUGCCGCUUCUCUGACCACUUGUGUAACCUCGCCUUGCAAGAGACACAUCAUGCUGUCUUGCCAGUACACAUACCGUGGGGGCUCUGUGAACUUGCUAGACUAAUAGGGUUUACACCUGGUGCCAAAGAGCUUUUCAAGCAGGAGAACUACAUGGCCCUUUACCGCCUGCCUUCUGAUGAGAUGGUGAAAGAAGUGAUGCUUGGGAAGCUCUCCUUCAUCACCAAGAGGAGGCCGCCUUUGAGUCACAUGAUCAGCCUUUUUGUGAGAGACACCACAACCAGCACAGAGCAGAUGCUUUCCCAUGGGACUGCUGAUAUCAUCCUGGAGGCCUGUACAGAUUUCUGGGAUGGCUCGGAUAUCUACCCGCUUUCUGGUUCUGACAGGAAGAAAGUGCUGGAUUUCUACCAGCGUGCCUGCCUUUCGGGUUAUUGUUCUGCCUUCUCCUACAAGCCCAUGCAUUGUGCCUUGUCUUCCCUCCUGAAUGGCAAAUGCAUAGAACUGGUGCAGGUCCCUGGACAAAAUGCCAUCUUCACCUCUUGUGAUCUUCCAGGGACCAUACCUAUCAAGCAGAGCAGCUGCCGAAAUAGCUGGAGCUCAGAUGAAGGGAUCGGGGAAGUGAUGGAAAAAGAGGACUGUAUCCAGGCUUUGAGUGGCCAGAUCUUCAUGGGCAUGGUCUCCUCCCAGUAUCAGGCCCGAUCGGAUGUCGUCCGCCUCAUUGAAGGACUAGUUAAUGCUUGCAUUCGUUUUGUCUAUUUCUCCCUGGAAGAUGAGCUGAAGAGUAAGGUGUUUGCGGAGAAGAUGGGUCUUGAGACUGGCUGGAACUGCCAUAUAUCUUUAACGCCCAAUGGAGAUGUGCCUGGUUCUGAAAUCCCUCCCUCCAGUCCCAGCCAUGCAGGCUCCUUGCAUGAGGACCUUCCUCAAGUGUCCCGAGAAGAUGCGGAGGGGAUUUUGUUGAUGGAAGAGGAAGGUCACUCGGAUCUCAUUAGCUUCCAGCCAACAGACAGUGACAUCCCCAGUUUCCUGGAGGACUGUAACAGGGCCAAGCUACCACGUGGAAUCCACCAGGUGAGACCCCACCUGCAGAACAUUGACAACGUGCCUUUGCUCGUUCCUCUGUUUACAGAUUCCACCCCCGAAACCAUGUGCGAGAUGAUCAAGAUCAUGCAGGAGUAUGGGGAAGUCACUUGCUGCCUAGGUAGCUCUGCCAACUUGCGCAACAAUUGCCUUUUCCUUCAGAGUGAUAUCAGCAUAGCACUGGAUCCUCUCUAUCCCUCUCGAUGCUCCUGGGAGACCUUUGGUUAUGCUACCAGCACAAACCUGACCCAUAUUUCUGAUGAGCUCACGCCUCUUCAGCUCUCUGGCCAGCUGAAUAGCUUAUCCUGCUCCUUGUCUAUUUGUCCUGAAGAAACCAUUGGGAUCAUCAGACUUAUAGAGCAAGCCCGCCAUGCAACCUAUGGCAUACGGAAGUGCUUCCUUUUUCUCCUGCAGUGUCAGCUGACCCUAGUCAUCAUUCAGUUCUUGUCUUGCCUGGCACAACUGCCUCCCAUUCUCAGUACCACUGACAUAUUGUGGCUUUCGUGCUUCUGCUAUCCAUUGCUAAGUGUGUCCCUACUGGGAAAACCUCCUCAUAGUUCCAUUAUGUCAAUGGCUACUGGGAAAAACUUGAUCUUCAUUCCUAAAAAGACUCAGCAUUACUUCCUCUUCUGCUUCCUGUUGAAGUUCAGCCUCACCAUCUGCUCCUGCUUGGCUUGUUUUGGCUACUUGCUGCAAGAUUACUGUGCAAACUUCAACUCAUCUUCCUUCAGCGUGAAUGUCACAGGCUGCUUCUCCCUCGUGCUGCAAAGAAAGUGUGUUUAUGCCUUCAGCAUUGAUCCAUCCAUUUUGGUUGUUUCUCCUAGUGGAGCAGAACGUCCCCCGGAUUGGUUUGGAACUUUUUCCAAUGUUCUUCUCCUAGCCCAGAAAUUUACAGCUGGAAUGAUCGUCUUACACAUUGUGUUUAUAUCAGUCACCCAUGUCCAUCGUACCAAACCACUGUGGAAGAAAAGCCCCUUCACUAACUUCUGGUGGACUCUGACAGUUGUGGUUGUGUUGCUGGGCCAGAUUGUUCAGACCUUCCUGGACUUGAAACUGUGGGUGAAUCUUGAGUCUCCUGUGACUUACCAAAUGAAUGACAUUCCCAUGGCCUCCUGGCUGCUGGGUUUGCUCUCCCUUGUCCUUGUGGUGAUAAUCAAUGAGACUGUCAAACUUCACGAAAUCAGGGUUCGGGUGCGUUACCAGAAGAGACAGAAGCUGCAGUUUGAAACUAAGCUGGGCAUGAAUUCUCCUUUUUAAUCCCCUCAGGUUGGAUGUGCCCUAGAGGGCUGCAUGCCCCUUUUGUGCCCAGCCUUGUCACUUAGCAGAGAGGGAGAGCAACAGCCCCACACAGGAAUCCCUCUAUGACUGAGAGGUCAGCAGGGGUCCAGGCGAAGGGUUGACAUUGGGACAAUGACACACAGACAGCUGUCCUUGCCAUUAUUUAUUUCACGACCUCCUCCAGUGAUGCUUCUUGGAAUCCCUUGGUUUGGCCUGGAUCUAAGAGCAGGAAAUUGUCCAUGAUACCUUUUUCAGGCUCCAUGAUUUGAAUCUUUAAUUUGUCACUUGGUGACUUCCCUCCUGUUGGUUGCUUCUGUUCAAGUGUGUCUGGCUUUCCAGUCCUGCUAGGCCCUACAGGGAAGGCCCCAAGAAGCCUCAAAUUAAACUCCCCUGGGAUGUGACGUCUGUUAUCCCUAACUAGCAAGCCAGGCCUUUCAUCUAUAUGGUGAGAGCAUUGUUGGGGAAAGUUAGUUUGUAGGUUUCUCAGCUCGGUCAGGUGCCAUAUUUUCUUAACGCUCCAUACUAGUUGGCUAGAUUGGGUUAUGUGUGGUAAUGUCUCUCACAUACGCACACUCAAGGACUGGGAAGCCACAAGAAUCCAUGGGAUCCUGUAAACAUGGAAGUCAAAGUGUCCCACAAAGUUGCCUGAACCAGAGCUGUGGCAGGAGUUUGUACUUCCUUCUGUGAGAGCACAUUUGCAGGCAACUGUCUCUGGCUGUUUUGAAUAAGUUGAAGGCAGGCGACGCUGGCCGUAUCUCUUCCUGCCUCAAGUCCAUGGGCUUGGCUGGUCACUUGUCAGGCCCAACAGAGAGACACCUUUAGUUGAAUGUUGUCCUUGCCUAUACUUCAAAGCAUAUUUGAGCAGAAGCUCAAGUUAGUGAACUUACAAACACAAAAUACCUCAUUCCAAAGUCUGUUCCCCAGAAGGGAGAUUUUUCUGGUGGGAACCUGCAUACCCCUACACCUAUCUCUUUUCUUAGAGGCCAGUUUAGCUAUGAAGAGUAAUUAUCUCUAAGCAGAAGUAAGUGCAACUAUGUUCUGCUAUCACUUUUCACUUCUUCAGGCUAUAUUAUAUGUUCCAUAUUAAGACUCUCCCAGACAUAACAUACAGGCGAAACGGUGGGAGAUGCUUAAAUUAAACAUUGUUUUGGUCAGAUUUUUGAGCUGCAAUGUAACAUACCCAACUGCCAUAGAUAUCGGUGAGACAAUCUCAAUUCAUUUCUCACUGCUGUAUUUAAAAUUACUGAUUGAUUGCGACUAAUCCCAAUUAAUCUCUAAUCUAAUCUCUGAGGGGACAUUAUCUUUCCAUAGUGGGCAAAAUGAUAUUCAGCUUUGCCAGGUAAUAAUCACAGAUUGAUGCCUGACAGUAUUGGGACACUUUUCUGAAAAAAAAAAAAGAGGUUUUCUAGCGGGAAGAUUUUUUUAGAAACUUGAUCUAUGGUCCUCCACAUACAACAAGCAGAGUUUACUGAUUUGUGACCUCUAAUUGAUUUGGUCUGGGAAAAUGAUCAGUAACUUAUUACUACAUUUCUAAAUAGUGUACUGCUUAGACAUUUCCUGUUGUUCAACUUUACUGCUCUCCACAUAAAGCCUGUCAUUUUCUCAAUUUAUUAUUAUCUAGAUUUCUAAGAAUAUUGAGGUUUGGAAUAUGUAUUCUGAUUUACACAAUCCUUUUAUUAACAAGCUAUGAUGUUGUCCAGGAUCCGAAUCCUUUUUGAGGUUGAGAAACCUGCUCAAUCCCAGGUUAAAAUGUCAGGAUGUGGAGAAAGGGAGGGAUUCCUUUGCUGAAGGAAUAAGGAUUCUCUUACAGGUUUUUAAAAACCCAAGACAGCCAUUUUAAUAUAUAACAGUGGAUGAAAACCAAGUCUCCUAGAGAGGGUGCUUCCUAUAAUUAUUUCUCUCUCUCUGAAAGCUGAAAAUGACCCCCCUCCUUUCCUACUCUCGUCUCUCCUUAGUGAUACUCAAUAAGAAUUAAACCAUGACUGAAAAGCCUUUUUCAUGGCAGUCUCCUGAAGAACUUGCUGCCUUUAAUCAGACAGGGCUUCAGAAAAGUAUGAGGCAUCGCCUUAGGAAUGAAUUUCACUUAACAGUUUGUUUUUAAAUAGUGUACAUUUUAUAUUUAAGAUUUUUGGGAUGGAUGUAAAAAUAGAUUUGUAUUAAAACUUGUAAAUUGUAUAAAGAAACCAAGAUCACCUGAUAUGAAUGGCAAUAAAUGAUUGUCUUUGAUACA